AUGAAGUUCGUCGUGGUUUUCCUUGCAUUGAUGUCCGCUGCCGCGUGGGCCGUUGCCAUCCCAGAACCCCAGCCAGCUCCUACCGUUGAGAUUCCAAAGAAUGCGCCCGUCGAGAAGCGCUGGUGCACUCGCCCUGGUCAGGGUUGCUAG